CCCACCUAGCAACAUGUCAACCUCUCUUAACACCAAGCACUAAGCCCAAGAUGACACCUCCCAUCUUGGAUCAUCGCAGAAAACCAAAAGGCUUCAAACCCAUCGACAACGUACACGCGCCCUCCAAAUAUACCCCCCCAAGACCAUCACAUAAGGCAGCAGCCCUUCAUGCAACCCGUCCACAACGAAACCCAUCCUCGAUCUACAAGAAUGAGUCCGUGCCACAGGUUAUAAGUGAAUGGUGACAGCGCGUCUGACGUGAGGCCACCCACCAAACGGAAAUGGGAACCAGGAAAUCACCAAACCAUCACCAAUCCUAUCUCCUCUUUUCCAGAUCCAAAAUUGCGACUGGCUCCAGAGAUCCAGGAUCUCAGCCACACUUCCAGGCUUGGUCGUCUCCUGUUUGCUGUC